UGAUGAACAUUUUGGACCUACGCUAAUUAUCCUAAUUACUUGGCAAUCAUUAGGGAAAUUCCAAGUUUAAUUUUUUGACAAAAAAGUGCCUCCGACAAAGGCGACUACUGCGUGAUACGAAAGACAUACUCCAAAAACCUGGAAAAUCCCAACAUAAAAUCCUCUUACGAGUAUCCUCCUAUAUUUCCCCCCAUCCCAGAUUUUCUUUUCUUUCUCUUUCCAUCUUUCUUUAUUUCCCUAAUUUCAAAACUUCCCCAAUUUUUUUCUUCAACUUUUUUUUUUUGUUUUUGUUUUUGUUUUUUUUUUUUUUUUUUUUUUUUUUAUUAAAAUUUCUUUGACUCACUCUAAUUAAAUUUUCCCACUUUUUUGACCACCCAUUAUUGUCCACUAGCCCUUCCAAUAAAUAAAUCAGUAUGAUAUGUUUUGAUUUUGGUAUCAGUUUAUUUUGGCAAUAUUUUGAUUAACAUAUAUCACCUUAUGAUUUUUCUUACCUUUUUAAUCAGAUAUUUUGUAGUUUCAAUCUUUGUUAUUUCCCACUAAAUAAUCCAUUUUACUAUAAAUUCAGCUCUUUUUAUUACAGAUCUGGCAUCGUUUUUGAUGCUACAGAGGUUCAUUUUGUGACGGGUAUUGAUUAAUUUCAUCACCCAUUUCUCAGAAAUUUGAGAUAAUUGGGUAAGUGUGGGAGUUUUUGAGUGAUUUUAGGCAAAAGGGUAUCUUUGAUCUUGUUGUUUAAGUAAAUUUUGAGCAAAUAAACAAGGGUUAUAAUGGCAAUAGAAGAAGGGAAGGACCCAGUUCCUGUAACUAGAACUAGGGGUAUAUCAGUGAGAUUACUGUUGGUAUUUUUGAUGUUCUUGGUGUUAUGUGUGUUGUUUUCUUUCAUUAGUCUUAGUACAUUUAGGCGAUUCAGUUUCGACAGCGUUGCUGGAGUUGUGAAGCCUAGUUUAGAGCCAUGUAUUGGUGAGUCUAGUGGUUUAGAUCAGUGGAUUAGACCCCCAUCUAAUUUGAUGCAUACAAUGAGUGAUGAAGAGCUCUUUUGGAGAGCCACAUUGGUGCCAAAGAUUAGGAAAUACCCUUUUGACAGGAAUCCUAAGAUUGCAUUCAUGUUCUUGUCUAAGGGACCAUUGCCAUUGGCACCUCUUUGGGAGAGGUACUUUAAGGGGCACGAGGGGCGGUUUUCGAUCUAUGUUCACUCGUUGCCAUCUUACAAUGAGGAGUUUCCUCCCACAUCAGUUUUUUACAAGAAGCAUAUACCUAGCAAGGUGGCAGAAUGGGGAAGGAUGAGCAUGUGUGAUGCCGAAAGAAGGCUCCUUGCCAAUGCAUUGCUUGAUUUUUCAAAUGAGUGGUUCAUACUUCUUUCUGAAUCUUGCAUUCCAAUCUACAAUUUUAGCACAACUGUGAAUUACAUCACAGGAUCCAAGUAUAGCUUUCUUGGUGCCUUUGAUGACACUGGGCCAUAUGGGAGGGGACGAUAUAAUGAGAGCAUGGCCCCUGAGGUUAAUCUAUCUGACUGGCGUAAAGGAUCUCAAUGGUUUGAAAUCGAUAGAAGACUGGCAAUUAACAUAGUUGAAGACACUAUCUAUCACCCCAAGUUUGAAGCGUUUUGUAGACCUCAUUGUUAUGUGGAUGAGCACUAUUUUCCCACCAUGCUUACGAUCCGAGCGCCAAAUCUUCUGGCAAACAGAAGUAUCACUUGGGUGGAUUGGUCAAGAGGCGGUUCGCACCCUGCUACUUUUGGAAAAGGGGACAUCACGGUGGAGUUUUUUAAGAAGGUUAGGGAGAGUAAGACUUGUGAAUACAAUGGGAGGAAUACUACACUGUGUUUUCUCUUUGCUAGGAAAUUUGCACCAAGCUCCUUGGAGCCGUUGUUGCAAUUAGCACCUAAGGUUCUUGGUCUCUGACAAUGAAUAUUGGCAUAUGCAUCUGAUUUUGAAGAUUACAAAAACAGAAAUUAAGAGAAUAUACAGGUAAUCAGCAUUUUAAAACAUGAAGUAUAAAACCACAGCUCGCAGAUGUUGCUGCGCACCCAGAUGACACAUGCUGCAUCCUCUUUCUUUGGCCUACAUUUACCCAGAAUAUUUCUGGUGUACAAAAGCUGUUUAGAGCUAGCAUCAUAAUAGGAGAAUUAUAUUGAUGAGAUCUUGUAGAUUUUAGAAUAAUACUGGAUGUAAUUGAGGCUUAGCUUUUUGAACUUUUGUGCUUGUGUAUGUAUAGGUGUGGCAUAACACAAGACGAUAUUGCAGGAGUUUAUUGAUAUAUACUAGAGAUGUAUCGCUCUCAUUUUUGUCA